GAAGGGAAUAUUUUUCUAAAUAAAAUUAAUUAUAACACAGAAUUUACCUCUUUUAAUGUAACUACGAAAUGCAACAGUUGCAUUGGCAAUCAAGUUUAAUUUAAAAUAUUGUUUGCCGCUCCAAAAACCGGUCGUUCUGACCCCUCAGUUCACGGCAUCAAUCUCAUUGCAGUCUCCCAAUAUGGAAAAGAAAUUCCAAAUAUCUUAAUUGGCUGCAUUGUUUGGUAUUCUUGUGUGGUUUAUAUAAGCUUUGAUAAAACAUCUUUUGGCCGUGGUGUGUGAUAAAGUUUAAUUAUGAUUGUAUGGAUGAUUUCGAAGUCAUUGAACCUUUGUGCGGCGUGCUGACAUUGUGAAAUUUCGAUUCGGAAGUAUGUAAAUAAACAUGAACGAUAUAGCUAUUAAAAUAGUGGAAUCUCCGAAGGACCGGUUGGCCGAUGUGUCUCCGUCGGAGAUAGCCAGCGAAAAUGAGGUGGACCCCCUUUCUAUUGACGAUCUUAAGGACCCACUAUUGUUGACUGACAAGGUCGGUGAAGAUAAAGACAGCUGUGAUGAUGAUGCCAAAGUGCCUGUAAGUGAGGCGGGCAGGCAAAGCGAAAAUCCGCAGCUCUGUGAGACUGCUCAAGAAGCGCAGCUAAAAGAAGUAGACAUCCCGGUAGCUAUAACAGAAGAAAAUGCAGCAGCUGUAGAAUCUAACUAUGAAACAAAAAAAACAGGGGCUACAGACAUCAUUGGGUUACAGGCAGAGGAACACAUAGAACUGAAUGAGAAAGAAACUUUUCGAAGGAUUGAGAGUGUGAAGGUAGAAGUGAAAUACCCAGUGGGGCCUGAUGUUGAGAUGACAGAAGUACCGGUUGGGAGGAUUGAAAAGGAUCCGAAACGUAACAUACAACCUGUAAAUGGAGAUAUUAGUAAGGAAGAACAAUCAACUAAAAGGCGAGCCAGUGAAGACGUUGAGAAAGAAUCGCCCCUCAAGAAGCUGUGCGCCGAAGUGGAGAAGACGUUCCCUCAACAUGAUAUAAUGGUAAACGAUUACAUACAGACAGCAACUAAGAACAAUGUAGACGAAAUACAAAGGCAUACGGAACAACUACUAUCAGAGAUACAGACUUUGAGAGAACUCGCACAAAAGAAAGAACACGAGUGGAAUAAUAUACUACAUCUUAAGAAAGUUAAAGAGGAAAUAUUACUAAGGCUUUUGAGAAGAAAACAGGUUUUGUCAUUCGAGAAAAACGCCGAGGUGAAUGGUUCCGAACGCAAUGAUCCAUUUGACUAUCUCAACCAAGCGAAGAAUCUAGCCAUAGACAAGAGCGAUGAGAUAUCUGGCCUGUCUAUCAAACAGCCUGGCUCUAUGAUUAACCCGCUCAUCCAGCCAAUUAUGCCUGUGACGUCGCACUUCAAUCCAAUGUCAGGGCUGCCGCCUCCGUACGACAAAGCGGCCCAUAUGCAAGCGAUGCCGAAACCGGUCUUCCCCCAAGGGCUAAUGAUGCCUGGCCCAAUGCCUGUAUUCCCUAGAGAUAUGAAUGGUCAGCUGACCAACAGCUACGGUUUGCCGAUGGGCAGACAAGGGCCCACGAAAGACGUUAAGUCGAUUAUAGCGGAUUAUAGGCAAAGGAAUCCCGACAUCACGCCAAGACGCGGUAGACGGAUGAAGGGCAUGGUCAACCCUAAUAUGAUGAACACUCCUCGGCCUAUUGCCCCGAAGAUGGACAACAUGAACAAUUUAAGCAAUCUCAACAUGCUCUUCAAUAAUUUAGAUAUGAACCAAAAGGCGAUGUUGGAACGCCUCCAGCAAAUCCAAGCUGGCGGUCUACCGAACGGCCUCUCCUUCAAAGACGUCCUUGUGCAGUUCGCCAACAUGCAGCAAACCAACGUUGGUCUCAUGCCCAACCGACCGCUAGAACUUAACAGACCAGACCUCCUCAGACCAGACCUGCCCAGACCAGAGAGAAGAAGGGAAAGAAACCAAGAGGAAGCACAUAUGUCUGUAAAGCAACCUGAGAGGGUAGCUACCUCAAGUCCAAGAUUGCCCCCACCACCUCCGUACCCUGAAAUUUCACUCCUACCAGUCACCACGAGUCAAGAGACUUCUCAAACGCAACAACAAAACUCUUUGCUCCACGGCAUUUUAACCAAGCCGGCGCCUCCCGCGUCUCAGAGUUACUCGCCGACGUUGGCUAAACUGCUCACGUCCCCGGAACGGAAACAGAGUACCACCACACCGCCGUUGCCAUCUUUCGGUCAGGCCAAGAAUUGCGGGGAGAUCACCAUCACGCCGGUACAGCCACCCGCACCUGAGCCUCAGCCUGAAAAACCCGAGGUUGUGCAACUGGAAGAGGAAGAAAGUGGUGCAUCCGAGGAGUCCGCCGGCUCGGGCGCGUCGGCGGCGUCGGCGGUGUCCGGCGGCUCCGGCGGGCGGCUGGUCAUCGACGAGGGGAGCGAGGACGCGCCUACUUGCCAAGGCUGCCGAUCGCGACUCGCGCAGUUCGUGUGCGCCGGCUGCGCCAACCAGUGGUACUGCUCGCGAGAUUGUCAGGUGGCAGCCUGGGAUGACCACUCCGAAAUGUGCUCGGGGUAAAGAAGAGAAACUGAGAUACUAUUUUAGCUGCAGAAUGCAAGUUAUGAAAAAAUCCACAUUAGUGAUGUGCCUACUCCAUAUAGAAUUUGCGGUCGAUGCAUAAAGUGUAGUUUUUAACCUAAACGUAGUGUUGCGGUAAAUCGAGUAUCGAAUCUCUAUAUAUUUUUUGGUUUGCUGCACAAUGAUUAACUUUGGUUCAGCGUUGUACUAAAAUAGAUUGUCGAUACUGUCGAUAUCGAUAUUAUUUAUAAAGCAUUAAUCUCGAUAGUUUCGAUACUGUUAUUUUAAUUAAACAACAGAAUCAAAAUAAAUCAUGUUAGUCACAAGUUAUUAUUUUAUGUCUACUAUUUUUCAGUAUUUUACACCUCUGAAAUCAAUUUCUCGAAAUUCGCUAUUUUUACGUGCUGAUGGGAUAAGACGGAGUUUUUCUGUUGAUUUUAUGAAUGCUCUAGAAUUACAUUUUUUUUUUUCUUAAUCAGAAAUAUUUGAAGCCCUUUUGUAAGUCAAAAUAUCCCAUCAAUACAUGAUCACAAUUUUAUGGGACCUAAGGUCUCUUUUUUGGUACUAUAUUCCUAAUGUUUUUUCGUGUUAGGUCAUUCCUUGAGGUUGUGUGUAUGGUAUAUAACUUGUUAUGUGGAGAUAUAAAUCAUACAGAUUGAGGUAUUAAGACGAAUAUCGUAUAGCCGUUAGAGAUCGGAAGAUUAGGUCUUAGUGGGCUUAUUUGUAUUGAAGUAUUCUUCAAUUCUUUAUCUUACAGAUCCACCUAACGUUUCUCCAACGUAUUUUGCAUCAAGGUUUAAUUUAAAAACAUUUUUUCGA